AGAGAGAAAGAGGGAGAAGGGACAGCGUCGGCGGCGGCUCUGCAGUGGAAUACGCGCUUAUCUGAGGAAAGCUUGGAGCGACGUUGCGUUUUUUAGGACUCUAUGAUGGCAUUACUGGAUUUUAACAACAUGUAACUCCUGGGUUCUUCUCACUUCACAAAACGCCUCAGUCAAAUCUCCUGACAGCCUAAGAAAGAGGAAAAAAAGAACAUCUGUUUAUCUGCAUACUUCUAUGUUCCAGAAACAAGAGGAGAAAACAGAGACUGACAGAGGACAAAUGAGAUCUCAGAGGAUGUGGAAUUAGAGGGAACAAAUUGAUGCUGGAGGUCCGAAGGGAAAGUAAACCUUAAAUCCACCAGUGUGGAGUCACCUCACCUGUAUCUCCGGAUUAAAGAGCAGGGUCAUGUCCCAGUUGCCAUGCGCAUCGCCACGCUGACCUGCCUUCCCGGCCCUUCCCCCUUCCUCUUUCUAUUGGUCCAUCUGCUCCUGCGGCUCCUUCUCAUCCUCCACGGGCCGGAAAUAACGGGAGCCUCCUCCACCUGCCCUUCCCUUUGCACGUGCUCCAACCAGGCCAGCCGAGUCAUUUGCACCAGGCAGAACCUGGAGCAGGUGCCUGAAAGCAUAUCCGUCAACACGCGAUACCUCAACCUGCAGGAGAACUCGAUACAGGUCAUCAAAUCGGACACCUUCAAGCAGCUAAGGCACCUUGAAAUUCUUCAGCUUUCCAAGAAUCAGAUAAGACAAAUUGAAAUCGGAGCAUUUAAUGGCCUCCCCAACCUCAACACGCUGGAGCUCUUUGACAACCGCCUCACGUUGGUGCCAACGCAGGCCUUCGAUUACCUCAGCAAGCUACGGGAGCUGUGGUUACGCAACAACCCUAUUGAGACCCUCCCUAGUUAUGCCUUCAACCGUGUGCCCUCCCUGCGUCGCUUGGACCUGGGUGAGCUUAAAAAGUUGGAAUACAUCUCUGAUGCAGCCUUUGUUGGCCUUGUCAAUCUACGGUACCUGAACUUGGGUAUGUGUGGGCUUAAAGAUAUUCCCAAACUGACACCCCUUGUGCGUUUGGAAGAGCUGGAGUUGUCAGGGAACCGCCUGGAGAUAAUUCGUCCUGGAUCUUUCCAGGGACUGGUGUCUCUUAAAAAGCUGUGGCUAAUGCACUCACAGGUUUCUGUGAUUGAGCGCAAUGCCUUUGAUGAUCUAAAAAACCUGGAGGAGCUCAAUCUCUCACAUAAUUCCCUGCACUCCUUGCCUCAUGAUCUUUUCACACCCCUUCACCAACUGGAGAGGGUGCACCUCAACCAUAAUCCUUGGGUCUGCAAUUGUGAUGUACUUUGGCUUAGUUGGUGGCUGAAGGAGACAGUGCCCAGUAACACCACCUGCUGUGCACGCUGCCAUGCUCCUCCAGUUCUCAAGGGCAAGUACAUUGGAGAACUUGACCAGAGCCACUUCACCUGCUUUGCACCCGUCAUUGUAGAGCCCCCUACUGACCUUAAUGUGACUGAAGGGAUGGCUGCAGAGCUGAAGUGUCGCACAAGUACCUCUACAACGUCCGUUAACUGGAUUACUCCCAACGGUACACUAAUGACCCAUGGGUCUUACCGAGUCCGGAUUUCUGUUCUACAUGAUGGCACAUUGAACUUCACAAAUGUUACCCUGAGGGACACAGGCCAGUACACUUGCAUGGUUACCAAUGCUGCUGGAAACACUACUGCAACUGCUGUCCUCAAUGUUACUGCUGCUGAUGCCCUUGUCAACAUCACCUUUUUUACAACUGUUACUGUGGAAACAGAUAAUGGAGGACCCAAUGAUUAUGCACAGGUUGAUGAGACCACCAUAUCCAUUCCCUCUGACCUAUUGUCUGAGGUAGUUCCUACCACAGAUUCCUCUCUAACUGGUGGUUGGUUGUCCUCCUCUCCACGGGCAACUCGCCCAACUUUCACUGUGCCAUUCACGGAACCAGGUUUCUCUGGCCUGGAUGAUGUGAUGAAGACCACCAAGAUCAUCAUUGGCUGCUUCGUAGCCAUCACCUUCAUGGCAGCAGUGAUGCUGGUGGUGUUCUAUAAGCUGAGGAAGCAGCAUCAGCUGCACAAACAUCAUGGCCCUGCUCGUGCAAUUGAGAUCAUCAAUGUGGAUGAUGACCUAGGUCCUGGGGCUAGUGGCCGGGGCAGUGGAAUAUCUGGAGGCUCCACUGUAACACAAAGCGCAGGCAGUGGAUUAGGAGGAUGCCAGAGUCUCAGGUUGCACCAUCCAGAGAUUGUUAAUCUACCAAACCUAGCUCGAUCAGAGCACCUCAACCACUACUACAAAACACAUCAUUUCAACAGCAACAUGAUGGGCCUUGGGAUGGGCACAGGGCCAGGUGUGGGCCUCAACAACAACAACAACCCCUCGCCAUGCUCUCAAGCGCAGAGCAUAUCCUGCUCCCAGGUUCCAUCUAGCACUGGUGGGGGGACGUCCACUGGUGGCACCCUUCCGUCCAACGUAGCCCUGCCUCAGUUGGGUCUACAUAGUUCUCUGAAAGGCCUGAUAGGAAAAGGCCAGAAUGAACCACUCCUUUUCAAGAGCGGCUCAAAAGAAAAUGUGCAAGAGACCCAAAUCUAAAAAAGGUAGACGUUUGAGGUAAGACUGAGCGGAUGCUAAAGCAAAUGAGCAAGUGACUAUUUGAAAGUGAUUGUAGCGCAAUGUCCUUUUGGACAAUUUUCAGAAAGGCUCUACAUAACCUUUAUUUUUUGGUGGCCCUUUGUUAACAGAUAGCAAGACAAAAGGAGACAGGAGACCAGUCCCACCAACAGCAUCUGCACAGUCUCAAAUGUCAGAAUUACUCAUUGUGUGCAGCUUGAUAUGGUAUUUGCCAAAGCUCAAGAUCAAGCAUUUUCUCUCAGCGGACAGAAAUGAACAAUGCACACCUGCAGUGAACCCUUCAAGGAUGUAUACAGAUUGCUUCGUACAUUUCCAGAUGCAUUCAGUGUAUAUAUUUGGAGGGGGACAUAAUAUUGGCCAUUGAACAUGUUGUCAGAUUAGUGUUUGGCAAAGGCAGGGAAUAGCAAACAAUGCUUUGUGUGGGCAAAGCAGAGCAGUCCCAGGUUUUCAGGAAAACCCAGAGGGAGCAAAAUAGGAGCGGAGCAGCAACGCCGCUUGGAAUAUCAGAACAACAAAAAGUGAUUUUGCUCCUUACUUUAUCACUAUUUUCAAUUUUACACGUUACUGGUUACUGUCUUCUUUAAAAGAAUGGAAAUAUUAUGAAGGAGUGAAGGACAACUAUAGAGCGAUAUAUAAAGAACUGAAGAUACAUAUUAUAUAUACCGUAAAUAUAUUUUCAUUCAAAUAAAUUAUGAAAAAUCUUUAUCAAGCUAAUGAGUGACCACUACAACAACUGAAGAAAAUAUAUAUUUAAAAAAAAAGAUUUAAGUACAUGCCCUGCUGUUUUAGUUUAACAAUCCCUCUUAAACCUUCCUGGAACUUGAAAUACAAAAAGCCGCCCUGACUGCUCUUCCUCUGGAUACAUGUGAAAGAAAGACGCCACAACGCAGACCUGACAAAGUGAUGAAAACCAUAUUAUUUUAGUCUUGAUCUUUGUUGUAUCCACAAACGCUGUUUUCACUUACAGAAACAGAGUCAGUUACUCUCUGCUGCAAAACCAUGAAACACGACAGGAGCUUUGAAAUUUGUUUUUCCCUCUAUGAUGGCACUCUAGUAUUAAUAAUAAUCACUCCGAUAAUAAUGAUAACAAAUUCAGCUUUAUUUGUCAUUAGGACAUUACUCUGCAGUUAAAAUGGUGUUGCAGAAAAUUAAUUUCUUGAAAGUUUAACAAAUCAUUUAAAAUAUUAAUGAUAUGAAAUGUCAAUGUUAUUGUGCUAUCAUUAUUAUUGUUGAAGUGACUAUUAUUGUUACUGCUACUGCCCACAGAUAACUGAAGAGUGACUUUUUUCAUUUGUACAUGACGCUGAUAUCAUUUGGCCGAUCUAACUUGCCACUUAACGAACUCUGUAAGCGUCAGAAGGAAAUGACCUGGCUCAUAAAAGGGCUUCCUUGAGUCCGACCCUCAUCGACCCUUUCUGAUGGGACACCAUUGCUAUAUGACAUAAAGCACGAAGACUGCACCUAUUUGCAGAGGAUUAUUUCCCGACUGUAUCUCAGUGUUAUGAGUUGGUUUGAUUGCAGCGGGGGGCAAAAAUGGAUGAACAUUUUUUUUUAAAAGGUAAGAAAAGCUUGUUUGUUGAAGGAGGAGGUGGCAUUUAGUGCAGUAUUCAGUGGUGGGUGAAUUUUUUUCUAAAGAAAAAGGACAAGUAAAUAAAAAAAAAAAUAGAAUCUUAUAGAUCUCUUUUAAAAAACGAUACAAAAUUAUUAUAAGUGUUUUUCAUUUUUUGUUUUUAUCUAGUUUGAUUUUUUUUUAAAAUCACGUGUUAUCUUUAUUGUAAUAUUGUUAUUGUUAUUAUUAGCUGAUUACGCUGGUUAUAAUUAUGAGAGAUGUUCUGUUAGCAGAGGUCACUUUGAAAAUAAAAAAAAAACUUGGCACAUAAAAAAAGGCAGUGGAAGUCUGUGAAAUUUGGUGGCUGUUUCUUAUUACUAAUGUUUUAUUAUUUUUGUUUAUCCUCUGAUCAACUUUGAUUGUUGUAUCACAGUUUG